UCGCAAGUGAUUGGCAGCAGGUGUUGACACUGCAUCACCCAACAUGGCUUCUCCAAGUCCAUUCGCCCAGCCUGGUUGAUGAACAGAUGGAGUUCUCCAAAUUAAACCGGUCCUUAGAAGCUGAAGAUCUUCCCUCCACAGCGAAUCAGAUCGCCAGCUGCCCCGACGGGAAGAGCAAUGCAACCCAUCCUAAUGCACACUACUUUGACCAACCUUUAUCGAUUGUUUGGCUUCUGCUCUCAUUGCUUCUCCUCCGAAGGAGUCCCGUCGUAGCUUCAUCUAGUCCCCGGCUGCAGAAUGACGCUGUCGCGCUCAAUUGGCCAUUCAUCGUCCACAAACCCCCAGUCCCCCUGCGGGUCCUUACAGCAUCGUCCGACCCCCGACCCAAUUAUCAGUCGGACCUGGCGAAUCAGCAAUUCCUUAUCAGCACAUGUUGCUAUCAGCCCUCAUCACGAUGCAGAGAGAGAGACUCUCCACCACAGCCGAGGGGUAUGCGGCAUGAGCGAGGCAGGCGGGACAAUUGUCCAUCACCGGCGUAUAAGUAGCGCCAACUCCUCUCGUUGUUGUCUGCUAUAGCAUCUUGUUUUAUU